UCGAAUUGUUCUUGAAUGGAGAAAGAUGCUAUUACGAGAACAUACAGACAUUAAAAUAAUAUGAUUUUAACAACUACUUUAGAAGUUUUCCUCUGGAGCUCGCCGGUCUCAAUGCGCAGGCGCAGAGACCUCUCGCUGAUAGGUCCUUCCCGGCUGCAUCUGGGAAGACCCGGAUGUGUUGGGUCUGUCCGCCCAUGAUAAGAAAGCGGUCUUUUUUUGCUUGUAUCGCUUGCUUCCUGACUUGCGAUUGUCUUCGGCUCUGCACACGUUGGCCUAAUAAUCAACCCCCGUGAAUCCCGAAGGAUUCAUUUUGGAGUCUCACCUGCAGAGAGUUACGUUGCGCUGAAACCAGUUAAACUUUCCCAAUAAGCAUCAGCCUAGUCCUCUGCAUGGUUACUUGGAAGUAAGUUCAAUGGGGGCUUUUGUCCAAGUGAAGACAAUUCAGAGUUGCAAACUUUGCAUAUUUAUUAUUAUAUAGUAGUGUAGGAUUUUGGCAUGAAGUAGUAAUUUAUAGAAGUACUGCGGCCUUAAUAUAUCGAGAGAAAAUAACUACCUGUAUUUUGAAUGGUCUGCUUUAUUUUUUACUAUUGUUUCUCAUCAUUCAACACUUAAAUUCCCAAAGCUAUUCUAGGAGGAAUGGGACUUCAAUGGAUGGCCAGACUAGCAAAGCCAGUGAAUAAAUAAUGGAAAACAAAGCUUUUGUAUCAGUGGCGGUCAUUUGGCAGCGGUGCAGAGAGCGAGACUCAAGACUUUGAAAAAGACAGCUAUGAAGUCAGAAGACAACAAGCCAUUCUUGCAUGUGACUGGAGGCCUGCUGCUUUGCAUACUAGCGGUGGCUUCAGGAAUUUUUGAUGGCGCUCACACAGAUACUGGCUACGAGCAUUACGCUGAACCAAUGGUGCCUGGAAUGCCAGCUUUCCUUGCUAUGCCAGCAAAUUGCUUGAUCAAUUUGGCUUACGUACUUCUGGGUUGGUACUGGUGGCCAUCAGGUGACAAGGGUAGGCAGACUUACUUUCAAGAGGUCUUUGCCCUCAUGGCACUUUUAUAUGGGCCUACACAAUGGGUCCGGCUGUGGACACAGCGUCAUUGGGCCGCUGUGUUAGAUCAGUUGUUAACACUACCAAUUUUUGCUUGGGUCAUUAUUUGGUGCCUUUUUCUUGAAAAUGGGUGGGAACCGUAUGUUUUUCUAGCCAUAGAAGUGACUUCACUGACUAGUUAUGCCCUGGCAUUGCUUCACACACAAGGUUUUGAGUUGGCAUUGAGUGGACAUAUAAUUGUUGUUCUUUGGAGAAUACUGAAAGUGCAAAAACAUUUUGGCAAUGCCAGUUCCAUCUGGAUUAUAGUUCUAGGGACGAUGUGUUGCUUUGGUUUUGUAAGCCUCAAGGUGUGGGAUCGGGAACUGGCCCAGUGGGCAUUCUUCUCUCGACUCACUGGCCAUUUUUGGUCCAAGGUAUGUGAUGUGCUGCAGUUCCACUGUGCUUUUCUCUUCCUUACCUUAAUGAGCAGAUACCAGCUAAGCUCAGUGAAAUAAUCUGUAACUUCAAUGAACAGUCUGAAUCAAAGGAGAAACAGUACAAGAACAUACUGUUAUGCAGUGAUGGGCUGCUGCGUGGUCGCACGGGUUCGGAUGAACCUGCACUUGUCUGGCUGGGCCCGCCCACCUCUCCCUGCGCUAUCCUUUCCAUAUAUAACUUUCUGGCUUGUUCCCCCACACCCACACUGCCCAGCUGAGGUCUGCGUUGCCCCUGCUGUACUCACUGGAGCUGCCUGAGUAGAUUAACUGCAUGUUUGAAGCUACAUUUCAGUCCCAAAGGGGUGCAGGCGAGCGAAGCAAGUGCUCACAACCAGCAAACCGGUUGGUAACUUAAGUGCAGCCCACCUCUGCUGUAACAUGGUUUGAAACGGGAAAAAAAAGUCUGCUAAAAUAUGCCAGUUUCUUUAAAAAGCUAUUGAACAUAGUUGGUGAAUUCCACACAGUAUCCCCCAGUUUAUUUUCUGUUGAAUAGAAUGCUGUUUUUAAAACCAUAUAGGAGAGAGAAAAGUUGCUGGUUUAUACAGUAGUCCUCAACUUACAACUGAUUGUUUAGUGACUCCGUGAAGUGACAAUAACAUUGUAAAAUCACAUACAACUUGCUGAACAAUCACCUUGCUUAGCAACAGAAAUUCUGGUCCCAAUUGUGGUUUUAAGUCAAGGGACUACCUGUAAAAUAAUUCCAUUAGAAAAGUCCUUUCAGCCAAUUGGAAGUUUCUGAUGGAAUACUAUGAAGGUUGCAUUUCCAAGAGGCAAGUAUCUACGGCUUUUACAUGGCAGUUUGUUGCAGGUUGUUGACAAUUCCAUACAACCACACUAAGGUAUAAGAUCAGAACCUUUGAAGCACAACUUUUACAGAGGGGCAGAUGGCAGUAUCAUUUUUAAAAGGUUGGGGGGGGGGCUUGCCAUACUUUGUCACUGAUGAGUCAAUAACAAAGUAUGUUUGGCAUGCAAAGAUUCAACCCUUGGAAUCACUAGGUCCAUGUGGAGAAAGACUAGUCUCAAUCUAGGGGAACUGCUCCAGAGCAUGAUUUGAAUGAAAGGGAUUAUUUGAGAAGUCAUUUUCCUUUUAUUCUGAAUAGCUGGCUUUGCAGGGUCACUGUACCUCAGUUGCUUGCUUGCUUGCUUUAGGCCUGUGCAAACUGAUUUCCUGACCCCACAGUUAAAUUGGCUACAGGAAUAUACAGCUAGUUCUCAACGUAUGACCACAAUUGGGCCCAACAUUUAUGUGGUUAACUGAGAAUUUGUUAAGUGUGUUUUGCCCCAUUUUACGACAUUUCUUGCCACAGUUGUUAAGGGAAUCAGGCUUCCCCAUUGACUUUACUUCUCAGAAGACUGCAAAAAGUGAUCACAUGUCCCUGGGACCUGCUAUGUGUCA